AUGUCGCCAAAUCACCCUCUCGCCUCGCAUGCGUAUCUGACUCAGUGCAGUGUACUCGAUGCUUAUGGCCAUCUUUCAGUCCGCCACCCGCACGAUCCCACAAGAUUUUUCAUGUCUCGCAGCGUGGCUCCAGGGGUCAUCUCUUCUGUAGAUGAUUUGAUCGAGUAUUACGUCGAGAAUGCAGAGCCUGUCAAUGCAUCAGCAGCCAAGGGGUAUUCCGAAAGAUGCAUUCACAGCGAGAUCAUGAAGCGGUUUCCGGGAGUCAAUGCUGUAGUUCACAGCCACGCUCCGGCGGUUGUGCCGUACACUGUCAACGGUGUGCCAUUACGAGCAGUUUAUCACAUGGCCGGGUUCCUUGGUUGUGAAUCCCCGGUGUUUGAUGCAAGUGAUCACGUACUUCCAAAUGAAAGCCAUGAUUUACUUAUACGCACAACCCGCCUUGGAGCUUGUUUAGCAGCUUGCUUUGGUGAUCAUGAUCGGCAACCCGACCACUCCAUCGCCCUCAUGCGUGGGCAUGGCUUUACGGCGCAAGGGCAGUCCAUCAUGGACGCUGUAUUGCGUUCAAUAUAUACUCAGCAGAACGCAACGAUACAAACGACUGCUUUACUGACGCAUGCGGCGCAUUUCAAUAGCCUUACCGAAGGGGAGGCGAAAGACACAGCAGCAAUGACAAUGUUGACGGCUGAGCGUCCGUGGCGGAUGUGGCUUCGAGAGGUUGAGGCAUCCAGUCUGUACGUCAAUAGGGCGUGA